GGCCGGGCGCGGGCGGGCGUGCGUGCGAUGGAAACGCACAUCUCGUGCCUGUUCCCCGAGCUGCUCGCCAUGAUCUUCGGGUACCUGGAGGUGCGCGACAAGGGCCGCGCGGCGCAGGUGUGCACGGCCUGGCGGGACGCCGCCUACCACCGCUCGGUGUGGCGGGGCGUGGAGGCCAAGCUGCACCUGCGCCGCGCCAACCCCUCGCUCUUCCCCAGCCUGGCGGCGCGGGGCAUCCGGCGGGUGCAGAUCCUGUCGCUGCGGCGCAGCCUGAGCUACGUGGUCCAGGGCAUGGCGGACAUCGAGAGCCUCAACCUCAGCGGCUGCUACAACCUCACCGACAACGGGCUGAGCCACGCCUUCGUGGCGGAGAUCAGCUCCCUGCGCUCGCUCAACCUGAGCCUCUGCAAGCAGAUCACGGACAGCAGCCUGGGCCGCAUCGCCCAGUACCUUAAGGGCCUGGAGGUGCUCGAGCUCGGAGGCUGCAGCAACAUCACCAACACUGGCCUGCUGCUCAUCGCCUGGGGCCUGCAGCGGCUCAAGAGCCUCAACCUGCGCUCCUGCCGGCACCUCUCCGACGUGGGCAUCGGGCACCUGGCGGGCAUGACCCGCAGCGCGGCUGAGGGCUGCCUGGGCCUGGAGCAGCUCACGCUGCAGGACUGCCAGAAGCUCAGCGACCUCUCGCUCAAGCACCUGGCCCGCGGGCUGGGCCGCCUCCGCCAGCUCAACCUCAGCUUCUGCGGGGGCAUCUCGGACGCGGGGCUGCUGCACCUGUCGCACAUGAGCAGCCUGCGGAGCCUCAACCUGCGCUCCUGCGACAACAUCAGCGACACGGGCAUCAUGCACCUGGCCAUGGGCAGCCUGCGGCUGUCGGGCCUCGAUGUCUCCUUCUGCGACAAGGUGGGGGACCAGAGCCUGGCCUACAUCGCACAGGGCCUCGACGGGCUGCGCUCGCUGUCGCUCUGCUCCUGCCACAUCAGCGACGAGGGCAUCAACCGCAUGGUGCGGCAGAUGCACGGGCUGCGCACCCUCAACAUCGGCCAGUGCGUCCGCAUCACCGACAAGGGCCUGGAGCUCAUCGCCGAACACCUCAGCCAGCUCACGGGCAUCGACCUCUACGGCUGCACCCGCAUCACCAAGCGGGGCCUGGAGCGCAUCACCCAGCUGCCCUGCCUCAAGGUGCUCAACCUGGGACUUUGGGAAAUGACUGAGAGUGAGAAGGUCAGGUGAGAGGAGGAGGAGGGUGCCCCGAGACCUCCAUCUCCUCUGGAGGGACUCACUGACUGACUGACUGACUGCUGCAGAGGAGGAGAGAAAGAGAGAGGGGCAUGCACAGAGACAUGCCCACGCACUCUGGCACCGCAGGGAGGAACAUAGAGGGUCUAUCCUCGACCCUUCUGUGCUGCCUACCUAUCCUUGCUGUGGAGGAGAAGGAAGGGGGACCAGGAGGACAGAGAGAAAGCACCUAUCCAUUUUCCAGGUCAUGCCUCAAGUUCCAUGCUAGGGAUACAGAGCCCUCUCCCUUCCCACAGCAUCCUUCCCUGCAGAAGAGGUAGAAACCCACACUUAUGCACUGGGGCUAGAGACACCCCUCUUUAUCCCCACUCCCACAUUCCAUCUCCUCAAGCACUAAGGAUGGAUAAACAAAGACCCUUGUUCUGCCAUGUAUUCAGAAUAGAUUAUUUUUGGUUUAUAUAAAGGAGAGUGGAGAUGGGAACGAAAAAUAAGUUAACAGCAGCAAAGGCUUCCUAGCUACCCUUGUGCACCCAGUCAUCCUGAGCUGGGCACAGACAGAGCUUUUGAUAAAACAACCAUUCCACCUCUGUGCUUGCCCCUCCCCUGUCAACACAUGUGUGACAGAAAUACUGCUCCCUAGGUACAUUGAUUUUUUUUUCCUUUUAAAUCUCUCUUCAGUCUCCAGUUUCAUGUUAUUCUCUGCUGUGGGUGGAUACAACCUCCCACUGUUCCAGUUCUCCACUGCACUGAGACUAGCGAUAGCUCCAGCCUCCCCUUUUGUCAGUAUGUUUCCAUGUCAUCCUGCACUAUGGGUAAUGGAAAAGUCCAGGCACUCCAUUCUCCCUCCCCAUCUCUCCACUGGACAUGAACACACCAUUUCCUCCUCCUCCUGUCUCUGUGGGGACUGGACACAGAGCCCACUCUCUUAAGCCUUCCCGUGCACUGGGGGACCCUGAGAGUUACUGAGACUUGUCUUCCCUUUCAUCAUUCUCUCCUUUUCUCCCCUCCUCCUCCUUGGCAACAGGGAUAGACAUAUCCAGCCACAUAUCCAUUCCUCUCUGGGUUGGGGGUGAGCAGGUAGAAAGGGGUUUUCACUCCUCUCUACCUGGGGGACAUGAGGAAGAAUCUCCAGCUUCAUUUCUGCUUCAUUUGAGAUACUGUGACCUGUUUUUAUUUUGAAAUGCAUAAAAAAAAUUACUGCUACAAAAACAGCCUCUUACUCUCCCAUCUAUCCCUUGCUUACAUCCUGUAAUUGAUCCCAGUUUUCCUCACUCAUUCUCCCCUUUACAGUAUUCAUUUUCUUACAUGGUUUUAUUUUUAAAGACAUAUGAAGUUGCUGUUCUUGUGGAUUUUUAAGUACUUUUUUUUCUGCUGAAUAUAUUCUAUAUAUAUAAAUAUAUAUAUGAUGUCUGG